UUCAUUCGAUUGGAGACAGUCGUGUGAAAUGAGAGUCCGGCUACUUGGAUUUUGGAUCUGGUGUCUUUCAGGCACCAACUUUCCAUCAAUCGCAGGAGAGAUUAGUCCCCAACUGCGAGGAGAACUGCAUACGUAUAUGACUUAUAAUCCGUGCCAUCGUAUGGGUCUCAACCGAAAUGCUGAAGACUGUUCCCAAUCCGUUGGCAAGUUUAAGCAAAUCCCUGAAAAUGAUCGUGGUCCCUGUAAAACAAUUCAUAGAUACGAAUGUCAUUCUAAGUUUUUUGAGUUCGAUAACUGUCGAGUGUGGGUCACGGGACCGGGAAUACCGCACAAAACAAGGAAAACAUUAAAUUGGUGUGUGACAAAAGCUCUUCGUAAAGACACCCCCUCAAAAAAGUCCUCAUUGAAAUUUUGGAAAAAAUUCAAUCUCAGGAAAAAAAGUAAACAUGGCUGAUUAUCAUCUAUCUCGCGCAGAAAUGAGAUUUAAACUAAAAUAUCCCUCUUCCUCCCUUUUUUAAAUGCGUGAUGUACAUCAACUACAAUUGACUUUAUUAAACUACAUAAGAUAUUUAAAGAAAACAAAUAAAGUUGGUUAAAAAUAGAAAUUACCUAAAAAUGAAAAGGGCAGAGACUUAUCCAAAUAAUUAAACCAAUUAUUAGCAUAAGUCUUCCCGAAUAAACUAUAUGUUAAGCAGAUUGAAUAACAUAAGAAUGAGUACAAGCAAAGAGAAAAUCACUUGACAAAUAAAAUAGCUACUUAGUUAAUUUAUUACGACGAUCAGCAACCAGGCUAUUUACGUCGAAGACCAGGAAUUUACUUUAAACUUUGAAAUUUACUUGCUAUAAAAUAGCUUUUUGAAAUACCAGUAAUUACUUUUGGAUCAUCGGAGCUUCAAGGGGACGAAUAAAAUACUUUAGAAAUAUUUAA